AAUGUAGGUGCGGUUGUGUGUUAAGGGUUGGGACGGUGGGAGGGCGUGAAUUCGGGGGUGGAUCAUUUCUCUGCAUAAAACACCCAGUCCGUUCCUUCAGUGGUCACUCGCUCAGUCCUAUUUUUCUUCACUUCCUGCUCGCCGUGAACUCCAGCAACACCAUGUCACAAAUCUACCAAGGAAUGGCUCUGCUGAUUGCAGCCUUUCACAAAUACUCAGGAAAGGAGGGAGACAAAACCACCCUGAGCAAAGGCGAGCUCAAGGAUCUGCUCAAUGCAGAGCUGGGCGACAUACUUGGGAAAGCUGAAAACCAGUCACAGGUGGACAAUAUAUUUAAGGAUCUGGAUGCAAAUAAAGAUGGCACUGUGGACUUUCAGGAGUACGUCACCUUGGUCGCCUGCCUUACUGUGCUUUGCAAUGAUUUUUUCAAAAAAUAAAAAAUAACCUUGUCCUUACAGAAAGGGUUUAUCUGUAAAGCUAUGGUAUGUCUGAAACCAAGAAUAAAGGUUUUUUAUGUUUUGAAUUAAAUCUGUAUUCUUACAA